AUUUUUUCUCAACGCGACGCAUUUUUGCUUGCACUCCAAGGUUUUUUAUUUUUUGUAUUUGUUUAUUUUCUUCAAAACUCAAAGAGUCGAGAAAAAAAAAGAUCAAACAUAUUUCCCAUCAAUAUCAUUUUUUUUUCAAAAAUUAUUUGAAAUAACUGUUAAUCAAUAGUUUUAGUUGAUUUUAAACGAGAAAUAUAUAAUAAAUAACCAAAGAAUACAAAGAAAACAAAAAAAUCUAAAGAACCAUGAAUGACAUUCAUUGUCUUUCGAAUUUUAUCGAUUAUUCACCGUCCAUUCACGAGCCCUUAAAACACAGUAAUCGUAUCAAAUACACAUGUUUUGAUAUCUCUGAAAACUAUAUAAUCUUUGGAGCAACUUCUGGAUCUUUGUAUCUCUUCAACCGACGCGUCUGUAAAUUCCUUCAUCUCAUCCCCAACAAACAUGGACCAGUGACACAUUUGGAAAUCUCAUCUGGCGAGAAAUAUGUUGCAUUUUCCACUAAAAAAGGAACAAUUUGUGUGUAUGUUAUUAAUUUGUCGGCAAAUUCAGCUCCUCAAGUUAUUUAUGCUGCGCUGGGAGCAGAAGUUCAAGUCACUUGCAUUCAUUGGACGCUGGAUGAGAAACAGUUUUAUUAUGGGGAUAAUCGGGGUCAAGUCAACUUGGUUGUUUUGAAUUCAUUUAUUGGACGAAGCUUAUUAAGUCUAUCAGUUCAUCCGAUAUUAUUCCUGGAACAACCAGUCGUUCAAAUAGAUGAUUUUGAAUCUCUGCUGUUGGUGUCGAAUUGGUCCAAGUGUAUCUUAUGUAAUACAGAAUUUGAAGAAUACAAACAGAUUGGUAAUCGUUUACGUGAUGGACCAUUUGGCGCCUGCUUUGCCAUGUCCACCAAUGAAUCUCUCACACCAUCUCGAAUUUAUUGUGCCCGUCCGGGCUCUCGACUCUGGGAAGUCGAUUUCGAAGGCGAAGUCCUGCAAACGCAUCAAUUUAAAGCCGCACUCGCUUGUCCGCCAAGUAAGAUACAAAAAACCACCGAUUCCGAGACUGAAGCAAUGUUUAAAUAUUCCGAUGAGAAUAGUGAAUUGCUUGACUUUCAGCCACAAACGCUGACAUUCACUAAAUUGCAAAUGUUGUCGCAAGACUUUUUGCUAACCUACACCGAGCUGGGAUUGUACAUAUUCGAUGUACGCACAUCAACAGUUGUAUUGUGGUGUAAUCAAUUUGAGAGAAUAGCCGACUGCAGGGUCUUUGGACCCGAUGGAGAAAUUGUCAUUUUCACACAAACUGGAUCCAUGUAUAGUGUGAGUUUGUUGACUCUACAAUCGCAUGCCAUGUCUUUGGUGAGAUCUGAAAAACUACUCGAGUGUAGUUUCCUGCUCAAGAAGAAUUUAAAGUAUUUCGCUGAUAAAGCACGAGAAGACUACGAUUUGAUAAUUUUAAAUCACAUCAAGAAUUUCCUCAUUGAUCAGCAGCAAUAUGAGUUACUGAAUGAUUUGUCGGUGAUAUUUGACAGCAUUGCUCAGAAUGAAGGUGACACAAGCUCGGGAAGUUCUGCAGAACGUAAGAGUGCCAAUAGUGGAGGUGUCUCCCAGAGACCAUUCGAUGCAGUCGACCAGAGAACACAAGGAGUAUAUGUCUUGGAGAACUCGUUUUGUGACAAUCUCCGGGUAAAGGAGAAGGACCGUCACUUCAAGGACGCACUCCUCACAGUGACUGGAAAGUUUGGCAAGAACAUCAUAAAAUACAAAUUCAACAUCUUUAACGACGAGCAAAAGAGUCUUGUGAGCGAUUUGAUUCCACGAAACGAACGAACUCUACCAUUUCAGCAUGUUAAAGACAACAUCGAUGAAGACGUGGUCUGUCGGAGGAAACUCCCAGCGACACCACCAAAAGGCAGACACAUAACCGACGAGGAGAAGAUCAUUUACAACCUUCUCCUGAUUUCCCGCUCAUCUCAGAUUAGUAAUACGAAUUUCCUUGAACGCUAUCGACAUCUAUUCGAUGAAUACACUUCCCGAGAGAUCAUUGGAAUCCUGUCCAAACUGGAAGCAGUGAUGCUGGAGCAUGGCGACAGCGAAUUACAGGCAAAACAGAACUGCUACGAGAUGUACUUCAACUAUCUUAAUCCCGAACUAAUCUGGGAAGUGGAUGACAUAUCAAAGGAGUUCAUAAUCCAAGGAUUUAUAGUUCUCAAUGCCAGCCAGGAUGCAGUUCGGUGUGAUAAUUGCGGUUUCCCUAUUCGAUUUGACAAUUCUUGCCAGUUCCACGAGCUCGGAGCGGUAUUGAUGAGAUAUUUGUGGUCCCGCAACGAACAUGGCCGCUGCUUCGAAAUACUCAAAGACGUGCCAGCAUUAUUCGAUGUUUUGGCGAAGUUUUACAUGACCGAGGGUCAAGUGGAAAAAAUUAUACCGAUUGUAAUGAACUUUGGUCAACCUGAUUUGCUCGAAGAAGCUGGAAGAGGCUUCAACUUGCCAGCAUGGGAUCGAUGUUUUGACAAAUUUGUUGCCCUACAACAGGGUCGUUUGAGCUGUAUCAAUUGCGAACGCAUCACAUUGGUGGAGAAUGUCAAUCGGCAUUUCUUCUACACAUGGAAUUGUUUCCUAAACAUAUCGUCAGAGUUUCUCGAAGCCAAGGAAAUCUUGGCAUUAGUUUAUAAGUAUUCAAAUUAUAUUCCAAAUGAUGCUAUUGAUAGGGAGUUCUUUACAAAAUGUAUGUUAAAAUAAAGA